AUGGUAAAAAUUUUCACUUGUGAUUCUAUUUAUAUAUGUGGUGAAGAUAAUCUUACUAUUCAAAUCAAUCAUAGUAAACAUUUUAAACUACGAACCUAUGAUUCCAUUCUAAAGAAAUCGUUACAAUCAAAGACAAAUUGUAGUCUCUAUAUUUCAUAUGCUCCAGCAUGUGAUGUGUUCAUAACCCAUCAACAUGAUUUCAAAUUUAGAUACAAUAAAUUAUUAGAAAUAAAAAGUAUUCCAUCUUUUAUUUCAACUAUUACUCUGUCGGUCGGUUUGCAUAAAGAAAGUGAAAGUCAACAUUUAUAUAAAUUGUUGGCACAAUCCAAUACCAUUACAGAGUUUAUUGGUUGUCAUACUUUGAAAUAUGGAUUUUCAAGAUCAUUGAGAAAAUUAUCUUUCGAUAAACAUUUCAACGAACCACUAUCAAAAGAUUCGCUUCCUCGCGGACUUUCAUCGCUUUCUCUGGGUGUGGUUUACGAUCGACCAUUGAAGGAAGGUGAUCUCCCAGAUGGUUUGAUUUCACUUUCAAUUGGUAGCAAGCUAUUUCAACAUAUAAUUGAACCGGGAGCAUUACCUACGUCACUCAAAGAGCUGUACCUACCCAAUUACACAGAGACUUUCAAAGUUGGAUCACUUCCGGAUCGCCUUGAAAUUCUCGAUUACGCUGGUAGGAAAAGUCAAUUGGAUAAAGAAAGCAUCGGGUUAUUACCAACCACAAUUCAUACUCUAACGAUUGUUGUCGAUACAUUCAUUUUUGAGAGUGAUCUACCCAAUCUUCGAAGCCUCACUGUUAUUCCAUCUUCAUUUUUCAUUCCAAUCAAUCUUGAUUUCCUUCGAUUGAAUCAGCUGAAAACGCUUCGUAUUGACAAACGGCUUGUUAAUCUAAUAGGAACUAUGCCCACAUCCAUCACGAAUUUAAAUCUUGGUGAAUAUGUAUUUCAAUCUAGUAACGUCGCUCUUUUCAAAAAAGAAUGGAAAUAUCAUUUUGAAAAGUUCAUAAUCAAGAGUCUUGAAGAACCGAUACCAGAUAAUGUCAAAAUCGAUCGGCUAUUUGUAGAGCACCUUUAUAGAUACCGAGAGAAUCCAAUCGAUUUCAUUGGUACUCUUUUACCGAGAGAAUUGAAAGUUCCAUUCCAAAUGUUAAAUCACAACCCGAGUGUACCAUUACCAAAUUCCUUGGAAACUAUAGAUUUGGGUGAUUUCAGGAUGACAUCGCUAGUAAACUCUCCAGCAUCUUUGAAAACCUUGAAAUUUUCCAACUACAGAACAAUUCGAAAGAUUCCAACUUAUAUUAAAGAUCUCAGCUAUAUCAUUUACAAAAACGACUUUGUCCAAUCAGAAAUAGUAAUUAGAAAAGGAGUAUUGUUUGUUAUCCGACUGGCUUGGAGCCGUCAAGCUUCUCAAUAA